AUGGCGACCAGCCCGCUGCCCGGCCCCACCGACAUCUUGCUGCCCUCGCCGUCCGGCGCCUACCCGCCGGACCCCAUGAACCAGCCGAGGGCCGGCCACGCCGCCAUGAAGCCCAACCAGGUGGGGCAGGUGAUCCUCUACGGCAUCCCCAUCGUCUCCCUCGUCAUCGACGGGCAGGAGCGGCUGUGCCUGGCGCAGAUCUCCAACACCCUCCUCAAAAACUUCAGCUACAACGAGAUCCACAACCGGCGGGUGGCCCUGGGCAUCACCUGCGUGCAGUGCACGCCGGUGCAGCUGGAGAUCCUGCGGCGGGCCGGGGCCAUGCCCAUCUCCUCCCGCCGCUGCGGCAUGAUCACCAAGCGGGAGGCGGAGCGGCUCUGCAAGUCCUUCCUGGGGGAGAACCGGCCCCCCAAACUGCCGGACAACUUCGCCUUCGACGUGUCCCACGAGUGCGCCUGGGGCUGCCGCGGCAGCUUCAUCCCGGCCCGCUACAACAGCUCCCGCGCCAAGUGCAUCAAGUGCAGCUACUGCAGCAUGUACUUCUCCCCCAACAAGUUCAUCUUCCACUCCCACCGCACCCCCGACGCCAAGUACACCCAGCCCGACGCCGCCAACUUCAACUCCUGGCGCCGCCACCUCAAGCUCACCGACAAAAGCCCCCAGGACGAGCUGGUCUUCGCCUGGGAGGACGUCAAGGCCAUGUUCAACGGCGGCAGCCGCAAGCGGGCCCUGCCGCCCGCCCCGCCCGCGCCCGCCGCCGCCGCCCCCGCCGCCUGCCACCCGCUGGGCUCGGUGAAGGCGGCGGCCGCCGUGGUGGGCGGCGGGUUGCUGAGCCCGCACCUCCUGGCCGCCCCGCCCGAGCUGCACCAGAAGCGGCCGCGCUUCGAGGAGGACGAGGAGCUGCAGGAGGCCGUGGCGGCGGCGGCGGCGCACGGCGGCAAGAGCCCGCGGAGCUACCCGGUCAUCCCGGUGCCCAGCAAGGGCUCCUUCGGCGGCGUGCUCCAGAAGUUCCCCGGCUGCGGGGGGCUCUUCCCGCACCCUUACGGCUUCCCCGCCGCCGCCUUCGGCCUCUGCCACAAGAAGGAGGAGGCCGGCGGCGGCGGGGCCGAUGCCCUCGGCGGGGCGGCGGCACACAAGGCCGGCGGGGGCGCGGCGGGCGGCGGCCUCUCGGGGCUCUUCUGGCCGGGCAGGAAGGACGCCGCCUUCUACCCGCCCUUCUGCAUGUUCUGGCCGCCCCGCACACCGGGCGGCCUGCCGGUGCCCACCUACCUGCAGCCGCCGCCGCAGCCCCCCGGCGCCCUGGGCUGCUCGCUGGGCGACGGGGCGGGCCUGCUGCGCCAGGCCUUCCUGGACCUCUCGGAGCCCGGCGGCGAGGCGGGGACCGCGGGGCUGGGCACGCCGCCCGCCGCCGCUGCUCCCCCCCCGCCCGCUCCCGCCGCCGCCGCGCGGGACCCGCUCUUCGAGUCGCCCCCUGGCGGCGGCGGCGGCGCCGAGCCCGCCUCGCCCGCCGCCUCGGAGGGGGGCGGCGGCGGCGGCGGCGGGCGGGUCCCCGCGCACCACCCGCACCUGCUGGAGGCGGCGGCCGGGCGCAAGGCGGGCGGCGGGUACCACCACUCCAGCGCCUUCCGGCCGGUGGGCGGCAAGGAGGACUCGGAGAGCCUGGCCAAGCUGCACGGCGGCGGCCCGCCCCGCUCCGCCUCGCCGCCGCCGCUGCAGCUGCUGCUGCCGCCGCCGCCGCCGCCCGAGGAGGCGGGCUGCGAGCGGCACCCGCUCCCCCCGCCGCCGCACCCCCCCCACCGCCUCCUCUCGCCCGGCGGCACCAGCUGUAGCUUCGCCAGCGAGGACAGCAGCGAGGAGGAGGAGGAGGACGAGGAGGAGGAGGACGAGCCCGAGGUGGACGUCGAGGGGCACAAGCCCCCCGAGGAGGAGGAGGAGGAGGACGACGAGGAGGAGGAGGGCGAGGAAGAGCCCCGCGGCGGAGACCCCUUGGCGGCCGGCGGCCGCUUCCCGCCCGCCCGGGGCCUGGCGGAGAAGGGCGGCCGGGAGCGCCCCGCCGCCGGCCCCUUCCCUCGGCCGCCCGCUGAGGAGAAGCCGGGGGAGGGCCAGGCCCCGCCGCAGCCGCCUCCCGGGCCCCCCCGGGCGGGCAGCGGCGGCAGCAGCCCGGCGCACCAUCCGUCCCUGGAGGAGCAGCCCUCCUACAAAGAUAAUCAGAAGAGCAAGGAGAGUAAUCAAGUCAUCUUGCCUACGAAAGAAGACGCCUUCUCAGAUAAGAACAAGGAGCAUAAUUUUUUCAUCACAGAUUCAGAGCCUUCAGGAGGAGACUUCUGGAGAGAUAUAGCAGGCGAACACACACAAGAAACCAAUUCACCUCAUUCACUGAAGAAGGAUGUAGAAAACAUGGGGAAAGAGGAACUCCAGAAGGUUUUGUUUGAACAGAUCGACUUACGGAGGAGACUAGAACAGGAAUUCCAGGUGUUGAAAGGAAAUGCGUCUUUCCCAGUCUUCAAUAAUUUUCAAGAUCAGAUGAAGCGGGAACUGGCAUACAGAGAAGAAAUGGUACAGCAGCUACAAAUUAUUCCUUAUGCAGCAAGCUUGAUCAGGAAAGAAAAGCUCGGUGCACACCUCAGCAAAAGCUAA